AGAAGUGUUUAAGUUUCUGUUCUGAGUCGCGUGUCAGUUUAAUUUCAACCUUGAUCGUGAGCUAAUCGCUCGCGCUUGGUAUUUUGUGACUGGGACGGGUUAAAUAAUUCUUAUUUAAAAUGUUGACAUUUUUACUUCUUCCUCUAAUAUAUGCUUCUGUUGUUUCUGGAGUUUGUAGGAUAUAUCUUCAAAGUAAUGCGACACACGAUAAAGCCCCACUAUUCCUGCAACAAAAGGGGUCAUUAUAUACGCUAUUGGAACCUCGUGGAUCACAUUUUCAACUGAAAAGUGGCGGGAACGUUGCCGUCGGAUGCGCGGGCUCGAAAAAUAAAAUGUCUGAAAUUGCUGAAACCCUUGCCAAUGUGUCUUGUGUUGAUAAUCAAGAAUUCCAAUUCAAAGGUCGUCGUUUGCGGUAUACCCAUCUAAAUUGUUCUGAAUCAAUAACAAGCUCAAUCAAAGCUCAAAACCGACCUUGUGCUGCUGGUCUUGGGCGGUGGUACGAUCUUGGAUUCGAGGUGUUGGGAGCUCCAUUUAUAAAAUAUUUUCAAUCUUGUUAUAAUCUUGAUAAAUCAUCUGUCAUCUAUAGUGAACAUGACCUGCUCGGAGCUUCGAUAGAAAAGGCUCAAAUCGGAAACGACAGACCUUCCUUCAAAGUUGGAGGGCUGAAGGUGAAAGCACGAUUAUCGACGGUUUACACCCAAAACUCGCAACGCUCUCGAUUGACGAAUUUACUUGGUUCCGAAGAACUCGCCGGGCAAUACAUCUCAUCAUCGUCAUUUUUUGCCAAAGGCCAUCUAACCCCAGACGGUGACGCCGUUUUGAAUAGUUUGGCAGGUGCAACAUACUACUAUAUUAACGUGGCGCCGGAGUGGCAGACCAUAAACACUGGCAAUUGGGUGCGCAUAGAGAACGCCGUCCGCAAGGCAGCAGCCCAGCUGAACGAUACCGUGAAAGUAUUCACCGGUGUGUACGACAUGCUCACCCUCCCCGACGUCAACGGACGACCGGUUCCAAUCACUCUCGCCGAUGAAGGCCAGGUGGAGGCUCCAAAAUGGCUUUGGAAGAUUUUACAUCAUCCCGCUUCGAACUCGGCAAUUGCAUUCGCCACACUGAACAAUCCAUUCGCCGCAACUGGGGAGCAGCUGUGCACCAACAUCUGCAAUCAGCACGGGUGGGCCCAGCAGGAGUUCCAGGAUUUACGACGAGGCUACACCAUCUGUUGCACCGUACGGGAUCUUCGCAAAGCGAUUCCAUUCAUUCCGACAAAGGCAGAUGCUGCCAACAUUCUUCGAUUUAAUUAAAUUGUUCUCUCCCGGUCCUGUUUUGGAUUAUUGGAAGGUGUUGCUCUCGAAUGGGAAGCCGAAAUGUUGGUAAAUUAAACGAAUAAACGGAUGGACCCUUGCACAGCAAAAAUAUCGUUCAUGCAUUCGAGGGCAUAUGUACAUACAGUUGGUUAUUCAGGAGAGCAAAAAUCAGCAUACGAGAAAAAAGGUGCAAAAAUGCGAAAAUAAAAUUCAAUGAAUAUUCAUCAGAAAC